ACUGAGGUACUAGCAAGAAGUAAAGAAUGAUGCACACCAUGACCUUCUACAACGGCUCUGUUUAUUUUUUUUAUUUCUUGUCAUCUGCUGCUAUCACCACUGUCGCAUAGAUUAACAAGACAAUGUAUUUCCUGUAAAAUAAAUAUUAGUUUAAAGACGAAUAAGAAAAUGGGAGACUUUGCAUUUGGUAGACACAUCCAGAAAAAAUAAAUUGUCUGACCAACCAUCCUUGCUGUUUUUGCAGGUACGUACGCACAAUGUAUCUCGGCAUACAGAGUCAUCGACAGAAGGAAAAUCAGCGGCGUUUUUACUGGGCUAUGCUGUAUGAGUAUGCCGAUGUCAACAUGCUGAGACUGCUGGAGACCUUCUUAGAAAGUGCCCCUCAGCUGGUGCUGCAGCUCUGCAUCAUGAUCCAGAGCAACAAGGCUGAGUGGCUUCAGUGUGUUUCUGCCAUGUCCUCCCUCCUGUCCCUGGCAUGGGUGCUAGCCUCUUACCACAAACUUCUGCGUGACUCACGUGACGACAAGAAGAGUAUGAGUUACCGAGGUGCCCUGGUGCAUCUGUUGUGGCGCCUUUUUACCAUCUCCUCACGGGUGCUUUCCUUUGCCCUCUUUGCCUCAGUUUUCCACAUCUAUUUUGGCAUUUUUGUGGUGCUCCAUUGGUGUGCCAUGGCUUUCUGGGUCAUCCAUGGCGGCACCGACUUCUGUAUGUCCAAAUGGGAGGAGGUACUGUUUAACAUGGUGGUGGGUGUGGUGUAUGUCUUCUGUUGGUUCAAUGUACGUGAGGGAAGGACACGGUUUAGAAUGGUUACCUAUUACACACUAGUACUUUUAGAGAACACCAUCCUCACUUCCCUGUGGUAUGCGUAUCGUGACCCAGCCACCACUGACGCCUAUGCCGCUUUUGCCCUAUGUGGCGUCUUCCUGUGCUUUGCCUCAGGUGUGGCCUGUAUGGUUCUCUAUUACGGGGUCCUACACCCCAUGGGGCCCCGUCUGAGGAUCUUGGCCAGUUCCUGUUGUGCUGAGCUGCUAUGGGGCCUUCCAUUACCCCCUGAAGCUGAACCCAUGGCUCCAACACCAGGCCCGCGUGGCUCUCAGGCCACCCCCACACGAGGCCUGGCAGGGGAACAAAUGGAUUCAGAUGAAACAGCCACGGACACCUGCCUUCCAGUUUUCCAGGUCAGGUCCACCGAACCUGUGGAUGCUGCCGGCAGACCCAUCCGACCUGAGGGUCCUCUCAUCAAGAUAGACAUGCCCAGAAAACGCUAUCCUGCAUGGGAUGCACAUUUUGUGGACCGGCGCCUACGCAGGACCAUAAAUGUACUGCAGUACAUUAGCCCAAAUGCAGUGGGCAUCAGGUAUAGGGAUGGUCCACUUCUGUAUGAACUCCUGCAGUAUGAAUCUUCCUUCUGAAGGCAUCCUCUCACACAGCCCACCCUCUCUUACCCACCGUGAUGCCCACUCAUUCUUUCACUGUGCUCUUUCUCCUCCUCUCAUAUUGUCUCUUUCCUUAUGAAUCUCUCUCUCUCUCUCCCUCUCUCUCUCUCCAUGUGUCUGACUGUUUUCUUUUCUCCGUGUGUUUAACUGCCUGAUGCCUCCUUAAACCAUAUGGCGGUUGAAACGAGGAAGUGGCCUGACGGCUCCUCAUUGGCUGCGCAGUGCACUGUGGGCGGGCUUCAGUCACUGCGACUGAGUCGUUGUGGAUAAAAAGCCACGACGGCUUGUGUGUGCAGAGGCAGGCUGUGUUUUUCCAGAUGAUCUCCCAACA